AUGUCUGCAACUUCUGCCUUGAAUAUCCCUCCUUCAAAGUCGACGGUCUCUGUUUCCAUCAUCGACACAACCCUCAAUGGCGACCUUCCCACGGCACCCUUCAUGGGCCCUACCAUGAACGGCUUCGAGAGGUGGUACGGCGUAGGCUACGCAUUUCUGGUGACGCACCAGGACUCUGCUGGAAAGAUUAGACGCGUAGUGUUCGAUCUCGGUCUGCCGAAAGACUGGGACAAUGACUUCUCUCCAGCUGUAUUGGAGAUGGGGAAGAACUUGGAUGGCACGAUGGUUGCCCAAAAAUACGUUUCCGAAAUUUUGACCGAGGGCGGUCUUGACUUGAGGGAGAUUGAGGCGCUCUUCUGGAGGCACGCCUAUUUCCCUGGCUACCCAACCAUCCCAGACGCACCCGUCCUCGCUCGCGAGUUCGAGGGCCGCGAAGUGCGUGAACUAGACUUUGCUUCCACUCAGAUUGAAAUCGGGGGGCUCAAGGCGCUGGAUUACUUCAACGACGGGAGUUUCUACCUCCUCUCGGCGCCGGGCCACGCUAUUGGGCACAUCAACGCCCUGGCUCGUACGACGGAGGAUAGUUUCAUGUACUUUGCAGGCGACUCCUUCCACCACAGCUCCGUCCUGAGACCGCACGGCGGCGCGACGCUACCAGAGGAAAUACAGCUGCCGGGCCACAGUUGCUGUCCCGGACGGGCGUUUCACGCAGUCCACCCCGUGGCUGGUAACUCUGCCGCCCUGGGGCCCUACAGCAAGGUCCUAGGGGAGGCGGGGAGCGACGCGAAUGGGAUCCCGUUUCAUGCGCUGCCUGAGGGUGGGAUAUUCAUGGAUUUGGAGGCUUCGAGGGAGACGGUGCGUGCUAUUCAGAGGUUUGAUGCGAGUCCGGAUGUGUUUGUUGUGGCGUCGCAUGAUAGUAGUUUGGUUGGCGUUGUGGAGGUUUUCCCGGCGGAUGGGAGUGAGUGGAGGGCGAAGGGGUGGAAGGAGGGUGGAAAGUGGGUAUUUCUGAAGGAUUUUGAGAAGGCGGUUGAGAUGGCUAACUCUAACGAGAAGUUGCGAGGGUGA